GGAGGUUAAAGGAGGGAUCAAGUCCCUCCACACAAGUCACAUCCAGUCAGCGGCUCUCGGACUCUCUGGCUGUUAUUUCUCUGUAUCACACUUGUCUCUUCGGUUUUAUGGUCAUUAAUAUUUGACCGGCACGGAUUGUACAAGAGGAAAGACGCAAAAACAAAACACAAGAUAUUUGGAUAAAAAAAAAAAAACUGGGCCAGACAAGCCUAAACGGAUUUAGUUUUUUUUCUUAAGUAUUGUUGGACUUUUGACCUUGGACUGGUGUGGGAGCAGAAACAGUUGCAGGAAGGAGAUGGGGAGAUGGACGUUAAAUCUCUCAGUGAGCCUUUGGCUUCUACUCAUGCUGAUGACCUUCUCAUACACUGACGCGAACUACUGCUUUGCGUCCAGGUCUAAAACCUGCUCAGAAUGCCUGCAGGCGGGGAAAGGCUGUGCAUACUGUCCUGAUGAGACCUUCAAUGGCCCUCGCUGUGACAUGUAUGAAAACAUUCUGGCUCAUGGCUGCAGUGCUGGUGCUGUGAUCACCGCCCAGAGCAGAAUGUCCAUUGAAAGAAAAGAACAGAUCAAAGUCCAAAUGCAGCAAGCGCAGGUGUACCCGCAGCAGAUGACCAUGUCUUUUCUGCCUGGGGAAGAGAAGAUGGUGGACGUGGAGGUGUUUGCUCCAACCAAAGGCCCUCUAGAUCUGUACAUUCUUAUGGACUUCUCCAACUCCAUGGAAGACGAUUUGGACAACUUGAAGAGGAUGGGCAAGGAGCUCGCUACGCUGGUGGAGAGACUGUCGGAUGACUACACCAUCGGAUUUGGAAAGUUUGUGGACAAAGUGAUUGAGCCCCAAACUGACAUGAGACCCGAUAAACUUGCUGAACCAUGGCCCAACAGUGACCCUCCGUUCUCUUUCGAAAAUGUCAUCAAGCUGACAAAAGACUUAGACUUCUUUAAUGGUGAGCUGCAAAAGGAAAGGAUCUCUGGCAACCUGGACGCUCCCGAAGGAGGCUUUGAUGCCAUACUGCAGGCUGCAGUCUGCGGAGAUAAGAUCGGUUGGCGACAACAAAGUACACAUCUGCUGGUUUUCUCCACUGAGUCCGCUUUCCACUACGAGGCCGACGGCGCCAACGUGCUAUCGGGCAUCCUGCCACGCAACGAUGAGUUAUGCCACCUGGAUGGCGAAGGCAGAUACACAGAGGAUAUCACGCAAGAUUACCCCUCCAUACCCACCUUGGUCCGUCUGCUCGGCAAAAAUAACAUUAUUCCCGUAUUCGCCGUCACCAACUACUCCUUUACGUACUACAAGAAACUUCAAGAGUACUUCCCCAUUGCUGAGGUGGGCCUGCUGCAGGAGGACUCAUCCAACAUCCUUCAAGUCAUGGAGAUUGCCUUUAAUAAUAUCCGUUCCAAGAUGAGCAUUCGUGCAGAAGACAGGCCCAAAGCCUUUGAGGCUCAGUUCUUGUCCACCAGUGGAAAGGUUGCGGAACACGGAGACUUCGAUUUCAAGCCUGGUGCAAUAGGCAAAUUCAAAAUGCUCCUCAAAGCCCAGCGAUUGAUCGACGAGUCUCCAGUCUGCAACAUGGAUCGCGACGAAAAAGAGGGCCUCAUGAGAGUCAAACCUACAACCUUCAACUCUGCAGUGAAUGUUAAAGCCAGUGUGCUGUGUCCAACAUGUGACUGUGAGAAGUCUGCCAUCCCCAAGGCACCCAGAUGCCAUGGCAACGGUAACCUUGUGUGUGGGAAGUGUCAGUGCUUUGACGGCUGGCUGAGUACAUUCUGUAACUGCUCAGCAAGUGCUUCAGCUCUUGACACCAAUCAGUGUAUCGGUCCAGAUUCAACGGAACCUUGUUCCGGCCGUGGGGAUUGCCUGGAGUGUGGAACCUGCGUGUGUUACAACCCUGACCAGUUUGAAGGGCCCUACUGCCAGUAUGACAGAACCCAGUGUCAGAGAUUUGGUGGCUUUCUCUGCAAUGACCGAGGUUCCUGCAUUAUGGGGCGCUGUGUAUGUUCUGAUGGCUGGGAGGGAAACGCCUGUGAAUGUCCCAGGAGCAACCAGACUUGCCUGGACAGUAAGGGGGGCGUGUGCAAUGGACGCGGUAAAUGUUUAUGUGGCAGCUGCCAAUGUAUAACGUCUGGUCUUGAAAUGACUUCCACGUGUGAGCCAAAUUUCCAGGCCCAGCUAGGAGUGUGUGAGGCCACACGAAGUUGUGUCCAGUGUCAAGCUUGGAAGACAGGAGAGAAGAAGGACAAAGAGGAGUGUGACAAGUGUCCUUUCAGAGUCGUCAUGGUAGAUGAACUGCACAAAGGGGAACGGGUGCUCGAAAAGUGUAGUUUCCGCGACGAGGAUGACGACUGCACGUACCACUACACUGUUGAAAACCCCAAAAUUCCAACAGCUAAAGACUUGGAGGUCCAGGUUCUCAAGAAGAAAGAUUGUCCCGCUGCCAGCCUCCUUUGGCUGCUCCCUCUCCUCCUGUUCCUUUUGUUACUGCUGGCACUUUUGCUGCUCUGCUGCUGGAAAUAUUGCGCCUGCUGCAAAACCUGCUGCCAGAACUGUCUUGCCCUGCUACCAUGCUGUAAUAAAGGUCGUAUGGUCGGAUUCAAGGAGGAUGAGUAUCUUCUCCGCCAAUCGCUACUCACUUCUGACCAUCUGGACACGCCGAUGGUGAGGACGGGUCCUCUCAAAGGCACUGAUGUGGUUCGCUGGAAGGUUACCGAUAAUGUCCACCGAAGUCCCAACCACCCUCAGGUUCUCGUCAAGCCCAACCCCAAAGAAAUUAUUCAGCAUCCAGUCUCCCUGCGGCUUAACAGGAGGUUUUCGGAAAACUUGUCUCGUGCUGACUCCAGAGAUGCUGAACAACUUCGUAAAGAAGUAGUAGACAAUCUUAAUGAGGUCUACAAGCAAAUUCCUGGGGCCCAGAAAAUCCAGAAGACCUCAUUUAGAACACAGAGAAAUGCUGGGAAAAGGCAAGACUACACCAUCAUGGACACCAUCCUGUCUGCUCCUCGCAGCAGCUACCCUGAUAUUGUCAGGCUCACUGAAAAAAAUGUCCAGUCUGGACGCUUCCAGGACCUCAAAGUGUUGCCUGGCUACUACACAGUAGCCACAGACAGAGAGGCUGCAGGAGCUAUCGAGUUCCAAGAAGGUGUGGAGUCAGUGGAUGUUCAUGUGCCACUCUUUGUGAAGGAGGAGGACGAUGACAAGAAGCAGCUGCUGGUUGAGGCGACGGACGUACCACUGGGCAUUGCCAAAAUUGGGAAACGCUUGGUGAACAUCACCAUCAUCAAAGAGCGUGCCACCAGUGUGUUCUCCUUCCUCCAGCCGGCAUAUACCUACAGCAGACAAGAUGGUAUGGCCAACAUCCCUAUUAGUAGGGAGAUCAUAGAGGACGGACGCACGCAAGUCUCCUACCGUAGUCGAGAUAACACAGCUAAGGAUAAAAAGGACUAUGUGUCUGUGGAUGGAGACCUCACCUAUGGUCCUGGUGAGACCCAGAAGAUAGUUCCUGUUCGUCUGCUGGAGCUGGGCGAGAAAGAUGCCCUUUUGGAUGACAAACAGUCUAAACAGUUCAUCAUGGACCUCAGUAACCCACGUCAGGGAGCCAAGCUUGGACGCUAUCCCAGAACUACUGUCACAAUCGCCGACGUACCAGAGCCCAGUGUGAUGAUGUUCAAAAGAGGCACCCAGAACUUCACUACGUCCGCCCCAACCUACACUAUCCCUGUGGUCCGCACUCGUAACCCAGACAGCCUUGCCACAGUUAAAUGGCGCACCAAGAAAGCCCAACGCUUUGAGCUAUCCGGCCCACUGAAGUUCAGUCCCGGAGAAACAGAGAAGAACAUAGUAAUCGACCCAAGAGCUCACCCUGGUACGGUUCAACCAGAGAGCUUCCAGUUGGAGUUGUUUGACCCAAGUAGCAAUGGCAGUAUUGGAGAGAGGAAGACCACAAUUGUCAAUGUCGUAGAAGGAGGUCCAAAGUCUCCUGAGAUGUCCAAGACGCAACAAUCAGGCUUUUCAAGUCCAGUCAGUACCUUGCCCGAUGGCCGCCUUCAUGCUCCACCAAACCCUAGGGCCAAAGCAAUUGGACCAAGAAGCAUCCGUCUCAACUGGGACCCACCACCUGGUAACCCCAUGGGGUACAAGGUGAAGUAUUGGAUCUACGGUGACCCAGAGAAAAAUGCCCAGGUUAUUGAUGUGAAGACUCCUCAAGCGGAACUGACCAACCUGUAUCCCUACUGUGACUAUGAGAUGCGAGUGUCCGCCUACAAUGCAAUGGGGGAUGGCAAUGACACAGACAUUGUUACCUGUCAGACUCUGGAAGAUGUGCCGGGGGAACCAGGUCGUCUGGCCUUCAAUGUAAUCAGCCCAACAGUCACACAGCUCAGUUGGGCUGAGCCUGCAGAGACAAAUGGUAACAUCACGGCUUACGAGGUCAUCUACACCCCCAUCGAUGACGAGCUGAAACAAGUGGGUGCAGCUAAGAAGGUGAAGAUUGACAACCCAAAGAAGCGAAUGCUCUUGAUUGAGAAUCUUGUGAGUGCCCAGACCUAUCAGUACAAGGUCCGUGCCAAGAACAGUGUCGGCUGGGGCCCCUUCAGAGACGCUACCAUUAACUUAGCAUCGCAACCUGUGAGACCUCUGUCCAUCCCCAUUAUUCCCGACAUCCCCAUCGUUGAUGCAGAGGCGGGAGAUGAAUAUGACAGCUAUCUGAUGUACAGCAACGAGGUGCUGAAGUCUCCCGCAGGCUCCAAGACACCCAGCGUCUCUGGUGAAGAUUAUAUGAACGGAAAGUGGGACACAAACUUCCUUUUCCCAGGCGGCUCUGGUGUACGCAACCUGUCGACAUCAUCCUCCCCAAUGUCCACGGUGAGCUCCAACUACCGAGGCGACGCCUAUACCACAGGAACCACCCACUACAUGUCUGGAGCAGGAAGUCCUCGCAGACCCGAUAUGAUGGGUGGAAUGGGUGGAAUGGGUGGCGUGUACUCGUCAGACGUCAUCAUGAGGAAGCGCUCAGAGAACAGGGGUUACACAGAUGAAAACAUCCGAGACUCGAUUGUCAUGGGAGAUUUAUCCAGCAAGUUUCCAGGUCUAGAUGUGCCAUCAGGUGUUUACGGCUUCCCUGGGUCGCAGAGCACCUUUCAGAGCCAGUUCAGCUACAGCCGGUCUCAGGGUCCGAGGGCCAGGACCGAGUCUUCGGAGGUCCGCGAAGCCCUGUAUGAUCUGGACAGGGUGCUCUUGGAUGCAAGACUCUCGCCAGGAGUCCCCGACACCCCCAGCAGACUGGUGUUUUCUGCUCUGGGUCCCACUGCCCUAAAAGUCAGCUGGCAGGAACCCCACUGUGAGAAGGACAUCCUUGGUUACUGUGUGCUGUACCAGGAGCUUAACGGAGGCGAAGUUAAGCGCAUCAACGUGACCAACCCAGCAGAGAACUCUGUGAUCAUCCAGGACCUGUUGCCAAACCAUUCAUACCUAUUUAAGGUGAAGGCUCAAAGCCAAGAGGGCUGGGGUCCGGAACGAGAGGGCGUCAUCACCAUUGAGUCGGCCGUAGACCCCAGGAGUCCCCUCAGUCCCAUGCCAGGCUCACCGUUCACCUUGAGCACCCCCAGCGCUCCCGGUCCCCUCGUUUUCACAGCUCUAAGCCCGGACUCCCUGCAGCUCAGUUGGGAGAAGCCCCGGAAACCAAAUGGAGGCAUUCUCGGCUACGUAGUAACCUGCGAGCAGCUGCAUGGAGGAGGUGACAUGCGUUCCUUCCAGGUGAGCGGUGACACCGCUGAGACCAAGCUGACCGUCCCAAACCUGACUGAGAACAUCCCCUACAAGUUCAAAGUUCAGGCUCGGACGACUCAGGGCUUCGGUCCCGAGAGGGAGGGCAUCAUCACCAUUGAGUCUCAAGAUGGAGGAGCUUUGUCUCAGUACAACAAUCAAUCCAUGACGAGAAGAGACGUGUUCAACAUGCCCACAGAAGUCAACACAGUCAGCAAUAUCUCCCGCACCAUGGUGAAUGACCCCUACUUCUCAGAUGGAAUGAUGAUGACCACGCAGCACACAGAGAGCGGCGGCAUGAUGAUGCAGCAAAUCACCAAGGAAGUGGUCCAGAGGAGCGUCAUGGGAGGAACCUCCGUCACAAAAAACAUGUUUUAUGACUCCUAAAACCUUUACUUGACCUUGGUUGUCACCUUUAUUCAAAUUCACGCUCGUUAAGAGUCUGAUGUGCAUUCGUUAUUGUGCAUGUGUGAGAUUGUGGUACCAAAAAAAAACUAUUUUUAGUUUGUCUGUUACAAAUGUUGCUGUCGAGUAAACAACACGAGCGCACACACGCGUUGUGUUUUUAAAGCAGGCAGGUAAUCCCUCCGCCUGUUCCCUAAUCCAAAAUGACACAACGCCCUUGCCACGCUAAUCUUGUAUAUCUGUUGUGUGUGUGUGUGAUAUUACAACACACACACACAUAUUAACAACUUAUUUCUAGUUUAUAUUCUUCCAUUAUUUGCCUCUCGUGUUUUUGUUUUGUUUUUUUGGACUGACUGACUGACAAGAGUUAUGGUGAAUUUAAGGGAAUCUUGUGCAUAAAUGUGUAUAAUAUUACAAAGAGAUCCCUGAUUUAAAAGUAACACCAACAUGCAUGCCAAAUAUAGCUGACUCAUGUAUCAGGCUUUGUUGUGCUACUCAUGCUGGAAAUAAUUCAACAACUACUUGGUUUUACAUUUCAUAAGAUGCUUUAUGCUCAUACUACUAUAAAUGUAAGCUGUUGCAUUAAUGGAUUUUUGCAGGAAUUGCAUAUGACAAAAAAGAUUGUAUUAUAAAUAUAGUCAAUUUGCUCUGCAUUUGAACCCCAUUAGGUGCAUCUCAAUCAAUUAGAAUAUCUUUGAAAAUUAAACUUUUACAGAAUGGUAUAUUUUAAGAAUGUAUUUCUGAAUCAGUAUGUAAAUGUUUUUUUUUUUAAUUGUCAACAAAGUUCAAUAUUAUGAACCGGUGAUUCUCAAACUGUCCAUUUAGUGGUACGCCAAAUAAUCACUUAAAUAUUUAAACACAGUGUUACUGUUCAAAGUGUGUGUUAUCAUUGGCCUAAAUAUUCAAUGUACUUGUUAAAUACAACCUCUGCCUUUUUUUAAUUAAUAUUUAGGCUUACUGCGCUACUGUAUUUUAAUGUUGGUCAUUAUGGUGGUACUUGGAGAGCCAAGGGUUUUUGGACAAAAGUUUGAGAACCACUGUUGUAAACUAUACGGCUCUAAUCAGCAGACAAACUGCAAAAACUAAAACCUUCAGUAUGUGAUUCAUAGUCUGCACAAGUCAAAUAAAUUCCAAUUCAUUGAGAUGCACCUGUACAGUAUUGUGUCAUAUAAGAAAAAAAGGGCCAUCCUCAGACCUAAACGUGGUGAAAUGGAUAAAUAUUUGAAAAUAAAUGUAAUCACAUUAAAGCAAACGCGCUUACAAUAUAUUUUAUGUUUUCUGUAUGUGUUGCACUUAAUAAAGAUUUUGAAACAAA